UUAGACAGCCCAAAACAAAGACAUUCCACAGUACACCGUACGUAUCUGGCUGCCGAAUUUGUCAGAAAAGCAAAACGACUUUGAAAAGAAGACAACAGGAAGUUUCAAGUUUCAACGACCUUUUAGUUGUUUCUGGCCUCGGCGUUUCAACUUUCGAUUCCACGGUUUCUCCCUAAAUACACGGAAUUCGUGACCCAAUCUAAGAAAAUCAUUUCUCUUCUUCUAAAUUUGGAUUUAGCUGUGCUUGUUCGGAGGGUUGUUGGAUUAGAAUGGGGACUCCAGAAUUCCCAGAUCUUGGAAAGCAUUGCAGCGUUGAAGAUUGUAAACAGAUUGACUUUUUGCCUUUCACUUGCGAUCGUUGCCACCUGGUCUAUUGCCUGGAGCAUCGAAGCUAUAUUAAACAUCACUGUCCAAAUGCUGAUAAAAAGGAUGUUACUGUUGUCAUUUGUCCGCUAUGUGCUAAAGGAGUUCGCUUGAUUCCUGACGAAGAUCCAAACAUCAAUUGGGAGACGCAUGUUAAUACUGAAUGUGAUCCAUCAAACUAUGACAAAGUUACUAAGAAGAAAAAAUGCCCAGUUCCUGGCUGCAGGGAAGUCUUGACAUUCUCAAACACAAUCAAGUGUAGGGACUGUACUAUAGACCAUUGCUUAAAGCACCGUUUCGGGCCCGACCACAAAUGUCCUGGACCUAAGAAACCCGAGUCAAGUUUUCCAUUUAUGGGUCUUUUAAGCAGGAGUAGAAAAGAAGAAUCAAAACCCAGCAGAGUUCCUGCCACAUCUUCGUCUAGGUGGGCUACAAGCUUUCUUAAUGCAGCUUCAACUGUUCGAGCCUCAGCAGAAGCAAGCAUGACAAAAUUGAGUAGUGAACUUAGUAAAAAAUGGCAAAUUGCAAGGGAUGGAGUGGGGCUGAGUAGCAGUAGCAGCAGCAGCAGCAGUGGAAGCGCCGGACAAGUGGAGGAGUGCCCACAAUGUAGAGUAAAAUUUUCGUCAGUUACAGCUUUGGUGGAGCAUGUGGAGAAGGUACAUGGAAGGAACAACCAUUCUCGAGUCUUUAAGAUGUCUAUUGAUGUCUGCCCCAAGUGUAGUAAAGGGUUUCGUGAUCCAGUUGCCCUUGUAGAGCACGUAGAGAGGGAUCAUGGUGGCACUUCGAAAGCUUAAAAAGGUUUGGCUGCAAAUUGUGAAGAGCAUACUGCUGGAGAAUUGAUUGUGUCAUCUUGUAUUACUUCCAUUUUUUAACCUUAAAAUUAAAUUGCAACCCUCUUUUCAGAACUCAACUUCAGUUCAAAUGAUUUUUCAACAUUCAAUUUAUUAGUUUCAUGUAACAAUUUAAAAAUUAAGGUUAAAUAUAAGUGCUUAUGGGAAUACAGCAAGCUGCUUGUUUACAGCCAAAGUUUGUUUUUUUUGGUAUCGAUUUGGUUUACUUUGAGUUUUGAGGCUUUCAUAAUUGAAGCUUACAACCAGGAGGUUCCAUUUUCUUCCCUCAUUCCACAAAUCUGUAUUUUUUGAGAUGAUUAAAAUCUCUCGAGACAUGACAAUGGACAAAUUUUGUAUAACAGGGCUGCUUACCUUGUGGAGACCUUUCAUGAAAAAGCAAGUUUCUGUUAACAAAAUCACUUUUCAGGGAUUUUUAUCAUUUAGCAAGAUUAUCUGAAAAUAUGAUUAAACCUUUUAUGGUAA